AUGGCGCGUAUUAAAAAUGAAGCGACUGAGAUGAGCGCCUUCGAGCGGAAGCGGCUCGAGAAUAUCGCAGCAAAUCAAGCCAUGAUCAAAGAUCUGAGUACUACUGCGGAAAAGAUGGCACCCAAGCCAGUAGCGAAAACGAAAAAGACCGCGACACCGAGGAAACGUGCUACGCCAAUCAAGAGGGAAACACCUAUACCUACAAGGACAAGUUCUCGAUUAGCUGGAGUUGAGGCGGAUAGCGAGACUGCAAAACGAAAAGCCGAAGUGGAACAUGAGUUUGCGAAGGAACAGGCCAAGGCGAAGAAGCAGCGCGUCACUGGAGACUUGACGUUUAGUGAUAUGACAGUGGAAGGAAAGAAGUUUAAUAAGGACGAGAAUUUCUUGUCCGGGGUCAUGAGAGGCGCACAGCCGUAUGUGAGGACAUUCGACGAGGACGACGUUAAAGAAACGACCGAUGAGGACUUGAAAGCCUUAAGAGAAAAGAUGAGUGGCCUCGAGUUAUAUGAGGGCUACGAGCCAAAUCAAAUCAAGAUUACGCCUGAACGAAUAUACUCUAUGGGCUUCCACCCGUCGCCUGACAAGCCAUUGAUAUUUGCUGGAGAUAAGAUGGGAAACAUGGGCAUAUUUGAUGCUUCACAGACACCGCCAGAAGUAACCGCUGGAGAUAAUGAUGAUGAAGAAGAAGACCCGGAGACCCCAGAGCCAGCGAUUACUGCGCUGAAGUUGCACACGAGGACUAUCACCUCUUUUGUCUUCCCAGACGACGGCAAUGCGCUAUACUCUUCUUCUUACGACUCGUCGGUGCGCAAGUUUGAUCUCCAGAAAGGGGUAGCAGUAGAAGCGUUUGCGCCAGAUUCUAUGGAUGAAGAUCUGCCAAUAUCAAGCAUUGCUAUUCCCUCGUCCGAUCCAAACAUUCUAUUAUUCUCAAGCUUAGACGGCUCAUUUGGCCGCCAUGAUAUGAGAACGAAAUCGGAAACUGAAAUAUGGACACUGUCAGAUAAGAAAAUUGGUGGCUUUUCGAUACAUCCGCUGAAUCCACAUCUGGUGGCUACCGCAUCCUUGGAUCGAACUGUAAAAAUUUGGGAUUUGAGAAGCAUUAAAGGAGAAGGGGAGUCUAAAGCACCCAGCUUGGUAGGGGAGCACGAAUCACGUCUGUCUAUCUCUCACGCUUCAUGGUCCGCAGCAGGGCAUGUGGCAACAUCUUCAUACGACGACACGAUAAAGGUCCAUUCUUUCCUAGAUGCCGGAUCCUGGAAAAUAGGCCAUGAAAUAGACGAGAAGGACAUGAAGCCAACAGCUACCAUCAAACACAACAACCAGACUGGACGCUGGGUGACGAUCCUGAAGCCGCAGUGGCAAGCCAGACCCGAAGAUGGAAUCCAGAAAUUCGUUAUUGGAAACAUGAACCGAUUCGUGGAUGUGUACAGCGCAGACGGAGAGCAGCUUGCGCAACUUGGUGGCGAUGGCAUCACUGCAGUGCCGGCCGUUGCUCACUUUCAUCCAAAUAAAGAUUGGGUGGCCGGCGGAACGGCCAGCGGCAAAUUGUGCCUUUGGAUGUAA